AAUUUCGCGUGGACUAACGAAACGAAACGAAGUCAAAGAAAAGAAGCAAAUCAAAAAACGCUUCUUAAGUCCUCUGAACGCACAUAAUCAAACACCAUUCAACUGUUCCUCUCAGAUCUCCGACGCCGACCAACCUCCCUCACCGAAAAUCCUCAUCGAGAAAAUGGCUUUAGGUGGAGGAAACCCCCAAAGAGGAAGUGCUGCAGCUACUGCAAGCAUGAGGAGAAGGAAACCAGCUGGUGGUGCGGCCGCGGGAGGAGCAGCCGGGAACAUGCUUCAAUUUUACACUGAUGAUGCCCCUGGACUCAAGAUCUCCCCAAAUGUGGUUCUUGUAAUGAGCAUUGGCUUUAUAGCAUUUGUUGCCAUUCUUCAUGUGAUGGGCAAGCUAUAUUUUGUGCGUAGGGAGGCAUAGAGGAUAGGGCAAGAACUUAGGUUCAUUUUUGGAUUAUAAACACACAAGCUCUGUUGUUGAAUUUAGAUUAUCUGUUGCUGGAUCCACCCAUCCCUGUUAAAGUACAAUCCUUUGUUGUUUUUAACAAUUGAUUUAUUUUUGCUUUUUGGA